AUGUCGUCAGAGCCGCAUUCUCCCGCCACCCGAAACGGGGACUCGCCUCCCUCCUUCGACGUCGAACGCGGCCAGGAACCCUCUUCGUCUUCUUCCUCUUCUUCCUCUGCCGCGUGGCCUUUGCCGCCGUCAUCUGCAGGGGAGGCGUAUCACGUGGCGUUGUUGCAUCCGGAGCAGCGGGAGUCUCCGCGUUUUCGUCCGUUGCAUGCGGUCGACGAGGAUACGCCUUCCGUCGCCUCGCCGCGCUGCUCUGCGACUCUGCACUCACUGUCGUUCUCCGCCGGGUCUGGACCUGGGGCGAGUCUGGAGAUGAAGCGCAUCAUCUGGACGCUCCUCUGGUUCAUGUCGAUGCUCCUGACCCUCACUUCUCCGGGACCGCCGUUCGGAAAGUACAACAUCGUCUGGUCCGACGUCGUUCAAGUCCUCUACAAAUGGCCAGCCUUCGCGUUCGGCGCGGGCUAUCUCCUCCUCUUUGCGAUCUUUGCGGGAUUCGGAUGCAUCGUGACACCCCGCAGCUGGUUAGCAGUCGGUCCCGCUCUCCUGUGCUUUCACCUCUUUGAGGAACACGGUCUGAACGGGCUGGACGCGCGCCGAUCGCCGCUCAAAGCGCACCUCAACCUCGGGCUGAAAACCCUCUUUGGAAAAACGACGUGGGAGGCAGAUUUCGUCAGCGACGCCUCCGUCAUGGCCUUCUCCUUCCUCCACCUCGGAGGUGUCAGCGCGCUGGCUCUGUGGCAAGGGCCGUGGUACGGGACGGGCGUUUUUGCAUUUGGUUUGACGCUGCUGGACGGUUUGUUGCAUCUUUUCUUCUUUGUCGCGUCGGGAUUCUCGUACAACCCUGGUCUGUUUUCCGCUGUGCUUCUGAGCAUUCCCUCCGCGCUCUACUACUUUCUGAUUCUCGACCGCUACAUGCUGGAGAACUCGCGCGCCUCCUUUCUGCGCGUGGUUCGCCUCGGCCUUGGCCUCGCUUCCCUCUGCUACGCCCUCCUGGCCCUCGCAGUGGCGUGUCGCCUCCCCGCGCUCACUUACGUCCUCGCGUACCUCCCACCUCUUGCUCUCGCCCUCAUGCACUUCCGCACUUUCGACAAAUCGGGCGGAUCUCCUCGAUGGGCUGAACUGUGGUGA